AUGAAAUUAGAUCCAAAUAGAUGGGUUUCAAAGUGGAUAUGGACAAUAAGAUCAACAACAAAACCAAAAACAUAUACAACUAGCAUUGAGAUAUUAACGAGAUUUAUGGUUAUCAUUGGAAUAUUCCAAAAAACAAUUACAAAAAGUUGUUUACUUUAUCCUUCGACUGUUGUGUCAACAAAGUUAAUCGUAAAUAAAGAAGCAUCAUCAACAUCAACAUCAUCAUUAUCAUUAUUGUUAUAUGUAACCUUAUGCACAAGUGUUGUUCAUUCGUUCAUUCGCACCCCCACAAACCGACGAGUCAAUCAGACAGCGAGAGAAGAGAGAAGAGAAAAGAACGUCAAUCCAUCAACAUCAACAUCAACAUCAUCGAUCGUCAAUCUAUGCACUGUCUUUGUUUCUAAACAUAGUCUUAUUUAUACAAUACAUAUAUAUAUGAAAUUUGUAAUUUUAUAUCCAUAA